AUGAAUUCUAAAGUGUGUGAAUCAAUUAAUACGAUCGAUAAGUAUUUUGAUGAUGAUUCGAAAAACCCGGGUGAAUAUAAUUUUAUGGAAUUAUUAAAUAAAUUUUCCUUUGAUUGUAACUAUAGUAGUGAUGAAGAAAAGAUUAUCUCUGGUUUUAUAAUGUUACUAAAUAUGAUUGGUGAGGAAUAUAUAGAUAGUGAUAAACUUGUUGAAUACGCUAUUUUAUGGUUAAGUUAUAAACUAAAUCAAAAAAAAGAAAAUGGAACGAUCAUAUUAAAUGAUUUUCUUACUGAACAUAUAAUAACAAAUAGUUGCUAUAUUAAGCAUAUAGAUGGUGAUAGUGAUAGUGAUAAUAAUAUUAAAAAGGGUGUUAUAGAAAAAAAAAUAAGAUCGAUGGAUAUUGAUAUUAAAGAUAUAUCUAAUUUUUAUGAUGCAUUUAAAUCAUUAUGUAACAUGUAUAGUGAAGUUGAUAUAGACAACUACCAAUGCAAGACAUGUUUAGAAAAUGCUGGAGAAUUGUUUGAAAAAUAUGAAAAACUUAAAAAUGCUUUAGAUAUUAAUAAAGGAAGUUCUUAUUAUAAACUAUUGUCUAGUUUAUCAAAAGAUUAUAAAGAAUUUGAAAAUAAUUAUAAAACUUUUAGGUGUGAAAAUAGCUUACUACUUGUAGCUUGUCCACGAAGUUCAGUAACAAAAAAUAUACUAAUUACAAUUGGAAUUAUAUUUGUUGCAGCAUCAAUUUUAUUGGGAGUUUCUUAUAAGUAUUCGUUAUUUGGAUUUCGGAAACGAUCUAAAAAACAACAAAUAAGAGAAAAACUAAAAAAAUAA